AUGCGUGUGCGCGCCGCCUCCGCGCUCCUGUGGUCUUGUGGCUUUGCCAUUGCAUUCUCCCAUGUUAUUCCGCACACGAGGAGUGCCUCCUACGAUGACGAAUAUCCAGGCACUGGCUAUCCUGUGGAAGUAUGGUCAGAUGAUGAAAACAGCACUACCACGAGGUUUGAUUCUUUAUGUGAUGGUUGUUUUGGCUCCAUUGAUAUAAGCUAUAUCUUUGAUAUUCACAUUUCCAGCACGCAAUUCGCGUGUGAGGAGGCAAAUGUCACCCUCAACCAGCGCAAAUUGGACCUUGUAUGGCAUGGCAACAAUGGAAUCGGUUCCGGAAUAUUCCCUGCUAACAUGACCAACGGAGAGCAAACCCAUGAACUAUCUCUCAACUAUCUUGCGUUUUGCAUAUCUAGCCCUCAAAGUGACGGGGCGCAAUACACUGCCCAAAUACUCAGCGUGACGUUCAAACCAACAAAUCAAAUUACGGAAAAUGAACGCACGUCCGGGUUCGCGGUUUCAUUUAAUUCUGUUGGAACUCCCAGGAUAUACCGCCUAGAGGCAUCUCCCAUUGAUCUCUUAGACGACAGUACAUUUGAAUCAUGGAGGGAUCCCCUCGAUCCUUCCAAUCUACCCCUCUCCAUAGAUAAAGCCGUGAACAGCGAGUAUACUCUCUCCGAAGACCUUAAACGCCUUCAUGCUCUCAAAGCUGAGGCCCACAAACUGCAAGAGGAAAUUAAAUUCAAGGAACAAGAGAUCCGAAAACAUCUCCUCCAGGACUGUAAAUCUAUGGCGACACGGCUUAAAGAGUGCGCAAAUUUAUCGUGUUUUAUCAGGACCUCAUUCGAAAUUGUUCCGAACGUCUUCCGCCUCGUGAAGCAUCAAUUCGGUCCACUACCCUCUUCUCUCUCAGACAGCGCCUGCCGCCCACUCCCAAGCAACCCAUACAAAACCCAUUCUUCCCAAGCCACACCACCAUCAAAUAUUCGCAAUCCGAAUGUUCUCACAAAGCCCCAAUCCACUCUAUCUCUAAGUUCUCAAGUAUCAACUCUCCCCUCUCACACUACACUCAUCCCCACAAGUCUCACCAACUGUCACGAUCUACCCGAAGGGUAUAAUGCUCCAAACUGUCGCCAUGUCCUAUAUGGACAUGAUAUCCUUAUCCGUCACGAUAUUCCUACCCGCAGCCCUUCCAUCCUACUGAAGAGCCUUGCAAUAAUCCUUUUAAUCACCUCCCUUUUCAUCGUUCUUAUAAAGCACUGCCGCAACUCCCCAUCCUGGCUGCGGCGUCGUGUCGAUCUCGCAGCACGCCGCGAGGAACGUCGUACACGAAAUGCCUACCUGAAUGCCGCACGCAGAUACAGAUGGCGUCAGUGGUGGAAUAGUCGCUUUAGAUGGGGAGGGCGCCGGAAUUCGGUGGAUUUGAGACAUACGCAACAUGGGCAGCAACAGCACCAGCGUCAUAAUAUGCUUAUAAGGGUUGAUGAGGGGUAUGAAAGUGGAAGCAUUACUUCAAAUAAUAGGACAGGAGUGGGUGACGAAGGAGGGGGGGGGGAAACCAUUCAAGCAGAAAUUCUCGGAUUCCGCAGGGUUCUGGAAUUCGUAGGCGAGCUUAUCAGGCCGGAUUACAGCAGUGACGACACGCAUAAUAACAACAGCAGCAGCAGCAGCAACUAUUCGCACCUCCAAGGAGCUGGGGAUGAUAGUGCUGGGGACUAUCAGAGGGAUAUUUCUCAGUUGCCCUUCCCCGCCACUGCUCCAUCGUCCGUGGCACCACUGACCACCACCAUCUACUCUCCGCGGACGAGCACGGUGUUGAGCAUCGAAACGGAUUCGUCAGAUACGUUGGAUAGUUUAGAUCCCGAGACAGCGACGAUGUUUAGUGGGUAG